UUGAUAUUGGAGCUAAUAUUGGUACUUAUACAAUGUAUGCUGCUGCAUUAGGUCGAUUUGUAUUAGCUAUUGAAUGUUUUGCUCCUAAUACUGAUCGUAUACAUCGUGCUGUCCAAUUAGCAAAUGUUUCUAAUCGAGUUGUUCUUGUAAAAAAUGCACUUUAUACACAUUCGGGACAAUAUUUACGUUUAUCAAAUCAUCCAAUUAAUGUUGGAGGCCAAGAAUUAGAUGUUGUAACAAAACCAAAACCUAAUCAACAAACAAUAUCUAAUCAAAGUAUAGUAAAUGAUCCAUAUAUAGUAAAAACAAUAACAUUAAAUGAAUUAGUACCGAUAUUACAUGCACGUGGUAUGCGUGGAGCAAUAAUAAAAAUGGAUAUAGAAGGAAGUGAAAGUUUUGCUCUUGAAAGUGGAAGUCAAGUAUUUGAUUUAUUUGAUAUACCAUUUAUACAAAUGGAAUGGUUUAAAGUACGCGGUUUUCCUGAUCGUGCUAAAUUCUUAUUAGAUUUUUUUUACUAA